UUGACGCCACAAGAUGGCGAUGUAAGGAAAUCCGUCUCCUCGGUCAAACAUAGAGCAAGUUAGCUCGGGAACAAAACAAAAAAAGCGCAAUUUCACUUCAUAUUUAGUAGAGAAUGGCCUCUGGUUUUAAGUUUGUGCGGUUUUUUGGUGGUUUUGUGUGUGGAGUUACUGUCAGUACUGGCGCUUGCGUGGCAGCAGUGAAACUGUAUCUUCGACCUGAAGAGUCCACUCAGGAGAAAGAGAGUACAGCACAGAGAUUCAUUAAGCUCUAUGGGCUCCCUGAGGAUGGUGCUGAGGCCAGAUACUACACCAACCACAUUUUGUCAUACGAUCAGAGCCGAAGGACACCGAGAUGGGUGGCUGAACACCUGUCUGAUGAAAAACUACUUGGAAAAGCGGACAGAAAGCACUGCAAAUUCAAGCCAGACCCUGACGUCCCUGAGCUGUUCACAGCACACAAUGAAGACUACCUCGGCAGCGGCUGGUCUCGAGGACACAUGGCACCAGCUGGCGACAAUAAAUUUUCAGAGCAAUCGAUGGUGGAGACCUUCUAUCUGUCUAAUAUCAUCCCACAGAAUUAUGAAAACAAUGCCGGUUUCUGGAACAGGUUGGAGAUGUAUUGCAGAGAGCUGACAGAGAGGUUCAGAGAUGUGUGGGUAAUUUCAGGACCUCUUACUCUUCCAUACGUAGGAGAGGAUAAAAAGAAAACCGUCUCUUAUCAGCUGAUUGGAAAAGACGACGUGGCCGUACCCACUCAUCUUUACAAAGUGAUCCUUGCGAGGAAAGAUCAUUCAUCUGAUGUGCUGGCUCUCGGCGCCUUUGUAGUGCCGAAUGCUCCUGUCGGUUUCGAGCAUCAGCUGAAGGAGUACCAGGUGAGCCUCACACAGCUGGAGAGAAUGUCAGGCCUGACCUUCUUCCCUAAACUUGACAAGAGCCAGAGUGUGAAGAACCUUUGCCUGUUGGACUCCUGUGAGCUCAUGGACUUUAAACAUUUCACGCUGUACAUUACUGGCCGUAAGGUGAGGGGUGUCAAGUCCUUGGGGAAGCUGGAGAAGAUCAUGGUGGAGCUCAAGGAAGCCGGUAUCACUCCAGAUGAAUACUUGACUAAAUUGUAUUUUGAGAAGAAACAAGAACUCUUACAAAAGGAAAGCCAACAGGUCAAACGAGGAUAACGACUUUUUGAAUUGCUGUGUCAUGGUCCAAUGUCAAAGAAUUUUUAUGUGGCAUUCUUUAUCAGUGUUUAUGGAUGAUGAGAUUUUAGGCUCUCCUUUUAACCAUGUUUGAAAGCUUUUACUGUUAAAAAGCAUAAAAAAUCAAACUAUUGAAACUUGAAUCAUGUUCUCAGGGAAUAAUGAUGAAUAUGUUAGAAAAUCAUUCACUUCUUGUCUCAUUUGUCUGUUCAGUUUUGACGUAGGACUGUUAAUUUCUUCAACUGUGGUACAUUGGCCAGUUUUUUGGUCUAUAUGUUUGUUAAAGUGCUUGUUUGAAACAUUUAAGUAUGCUCUUUUGAGUUCUUUAUUAUAUAUUAGCAGUUUUUGCCAUUUUCAUACUGCAGAGGAAAUGGAGAAGUGGGUCAGCUGUUAAGUUCUGUUAGUGACUGAAAGCAGAACCUGUUCUCAACCCUCCAUCUCAUUCUUUUAAUAAAGGUGCCCAGUUUGGCUGUCAUCAACAAAAAAAUCAAAUAAAUGACAAAUUCUA